CCUAUUCGUGAGUGUGGAUAGCGGAGACAUUAGCAGACAGAUAAUCAGAUAUUUUUCCGACAAGCUUAUGAAGUCACCAUCUGAUCACGCGGCGGGGAUAAUCGACGGCUCAUACCAUCCGGUCAGAGAUCGCCGAGGAAGUUCGCAGUCUAAUACGAGAAACACUGCGAGGACUAGAGGUAGUUAUAGUUGUGGGUACGGAAAGAUUCACAGGCCUAUGUGAAUAUGAAGAGGAAAGUCAUCUGAUGUGGACCUACCAGUAGAUGUUUGUGUCGUGAAGCUGAUCUUAUAAGCAAGGUUCAUGAAACUCACUUCAGACCCUGAUGUCCAUGGGAUGUUUGGAACUCUUAGUGAGGAGCGGCAUAAACAUCAAGGGGCUGCAGUCAUCAAUGUUGGAGCUAACGCAGUAAGCGACACGAGCCGGAAAUCAGGAUACCGGUUGGUUGGAGAUGUGGAUUUUGCUCAAGCUUCUAAAGUUGCAGGUUUCAUAACUCCAGUCCCUGGUGGUGUAGGCCCAAUGUCAGUGGCAAUGCUGCUCAGGAUCACCUUAGACGGUGCCAAGCGGGUCACUGGCCAGUAGUAACAUAUCCUACUGUAUGUUACAAAAGGAACUCGAGUUUAUCGAUUCUAUAAAUAAAUUGAAAUUAGCACUCCUUUUGAAUGUUUAA